UGAUUUUUGUAAUACGGAAUUGGGAAAUACGAUAUAGAUGACACUUGGUUCUAAAGGAAUGUAGCUAGAAAAUGGAAUUAUGUUUUUGGAGCUGACAUUACUGGCACUGAGUUUUCCUUGCGGUCUGCAGACACAUGCAGGCAUGUCUAGCCGGACGAUAUAUAUCAAUCAUCAGACAUGUGGUUCGUCGAUCAAUCUAAGUGCUUCCGAAUCUCUGUAUCUAGAUUACCAUGGCAGUGAGUUAGACUUUAAUAGAACGGAUAACGGUCGGCAUAAAAAGUUCGUGUGUAUUAUAGAUAUAGAAACACAAGAUGGUGCUGAACAAACGUGUAUCGAGACAGAACAAACAUUGCUCAAAGAAGGAUGUACACUGAGAUUUAUGUGGCAUUCAGGAUCGCGAGACUUCAUGUUGUACGGUUUGUCAACAUAUUGGUGUGAUAUGUUCAUGUAUGGGUCUAUUUGCAUGCCCGUCUGGAGGAGUAGACUGCGGUUGGAUACAUCAGAGACAGCCGCAUUGAGAAUCCGGUUUUCUACAAAACGUAAAGCCUCUAUCAAAACUAUUUUUGAGCAACCAGAGCAUACUAAUGUUAACAAACCCUUUUUGUAUGGUUUGAGGGGUCGUUUAAGUUUUGACUUCUACAUAGUAUUGACAGCUUUUGUGUUCGUCUGCGCAUGUGUGUCGGUAACGGCGGUCAUGAGACACAUGAAGAAAAGAGCAAACAGAAGACGCAUUUUAAGUACGAAUAUAGAACUUGCUCAAUUAGACCAGACAUUGACAGUUCAGAGAAACUUUUCACCUAAUGAUGCGUCACGUAACGUUGCCCAGCAACGUUUUCCCCCGCAUGUAUUCUCCAAUACAGAGACAAAAAAUUCUAUUUCACACGCAGCGUAUUCUGGUGACGUAACAGUACCACCACCAUAUUUAGAAAACCCGCCACCUUACAGCUAGAGUUUCAUCAUCGCACAGCGCACAGUCAAGUUCAUCAGAUGGUGUGCGAUUUGAAAUGAUUUCAGAUUAAAUACGAUGACUUGUUUAAUUACCCUACAGCUGUUGCCUAUACAAUGAUAUGAAUAGAAUGAUGACACCCUAGGCUUCCAUGAAAUCGCUUUUAUCCUACAAAUAACAUUUUUAUUUUAGGUGAAACAUUUUUUUUAGUUAAUGCUUAAUGUCAGUACAUGUAUUAAUCAGUCAUGAUAUUUAAGUAUUGUUUUUGUAAUAUGUUGUUUUAUAGCUUUUUGCAUAGGUAUUCAUUACCAUCUCUAAGUCAUAUCUUAUAUAAAGGAUAUUGCAUGAGUGUCUUUUCAUAUUGAAUUUAUUAAACGAGUUGAAUAGAAUAAUAAAAUGCGAGGCUCUGCCAAGUAUUUUAUCAAUUUUAUUCAACGAGUUUAAUAAAUUCGAGAUGAGAAGUCACAAACGUAAUAUUCUUUUUAUCUCAUUGAUUUGCUACUAACACAGCAGUUUGUAGCAACACUAUGUUUUGUUUUAACUUAGGAUACAUAUAACAUUUAGUUUUAAUUGCAUUUUAGUCCUUGGAUUUGCAACUCGCUCGGCAGCUUGUCUAUCUUACCAUCAUAUUAAUUUGAUACAUAUCCCACUGAUUUACAGGCGGUGGCACGGAAUAUUUUCACUAUGUAGAUCAGACUGCAGGUGUUAAGUGCCGGUGUCCAUUAGGACAAUAUGAAAUACGUGAAUGUCUUGUAACAUGAAACUAAAUUAACCAAGCUAGAAGAAAACUCACUUGUGGGUCUUUUUAUCUGGUGCUAGCUUAUGUCAAUUUGGCCAUUGGUAAUGCUGGCCUGCUUAAUCCAGGUUGUUGUUCUCGCAAACAAUCUUAAAUGGUUAUUUUAAACUCAC